UAUCAGAACUCAGAACUACUAGACUAGACUGCAGCAACAAGAAGUAUAGAUCAGUAAAAAUUCCAGUGUUCUGCAAGGGUUUUGAGUUCUCGUUCUAACACUCCUUUCCCUUUCUAAACCCACAAAAUCCAAACAAUUAUCAGUCUCCAUUUACUUUUCAUGAUCCUUUAAAACCAAACCCAAGUAAUUUUCUUAAAACCCCCCAAAAUCUGCAGCAAGCAACCAUGUCGAGCAUGAUCUCAUCAGAUCUACUAAAACCCUUCAAACUCAAAACAAAGCAACAAGAACUCCUGAUCCGGGUCUCAAUCCUCUGCCUCGUCUACAUCUUAGCCUUCAUCACCCGUCUCUUCUCCGUCCUCCGGUAUGAAUCCAUGAUCCAUGAAUUCGACCCUUACUUCAAUUACCGUACCACCCUGUACCUUACCCAAAAUGGCUUCUACGAUUUCUGGAACUGGUUCGACUCCGAAAGCUGGUACCCUUUAGGCCGAAUUAUUGGCGGCACUCUUUAUCCUGGCCUCAUGGUUACCGCUGCCCUCAUUUAUCGCCUCCUCCAUUUCCUUCGUUUCGCCGUCCAUAUCCGCGAAGUCUGCGUUUUAACAGCUCCGUUUUUCGCUUCGAAUACGACCCUCGUUGCUUAUUUCUUCGGCAAAGAAAUUUGGGAUUCCGGCGCUGGGCUUGUUGCUGCAAUAUUGAUUGCUGUUUGUCCCGGUUACAUAUCCAGGUCCGUGGCCGGUUCUUAUGAUAAUGAAGGAGUUGCCAUUUUCGCUUUACUCUUCACGUUUUAUUUAUUCGUGAAGGCCGUUAAUACGGGAUCGUUGGCUUGGGGAUUGGCUUCGGCGUUCGGUUACUUUUACAUGGUUUCAGCUUGGGGAGGAUAUGUUUUUAUUAUUAACUUGAUCCCGCUUUAUGUGCUGGUGCUUUUGAUUACUGGGAGAUAUUCCAUGCGGCUGUAUGUUGCCUAUAAUUGCAUGUAUAUUUUGGGAAUGUUGCUGGCAAUGCAGAUUCGGUUUGUUGGGUUUCAACAUGUACAAUCUGGAGAACAUAUGGCUGCCAUGGGCGUCUUCUUCUUGAUGCAGGUUUUCUACUUCUUAGAUUGGGUGAAGCACAUGCUUAGUGACACAAAAUUGUUUCAAGCUUUUUUGAAGAUCACUGUGACCUUUGCAGUUGCUGUGGGAGCUGUUGCUUUGGGAGUAGGCAUGGUAUCUGGCUAUAUUUCACCAUGGACAGGAAGAUUUUACUCUUUGCUGGAUCCAACAUAUGCCAAGGAUCACAUCCCCAUCAUUGCAUCUGUCUCUGAGCAUCAGCCAACAGCUUGGUCAUCUUUCAUGUUUGAUUUCCACAUUCUACUUUUCCUUUUCCCAGCUGGUCUUUACUUCUGCUUCAAGCGGUUGUCAGAUGCCACUAUAUUUAUUGUCAUGUAUGGUCUUACAAGCUUGUAUUUUGCUGGUGUUAUGGUUCGGUUGAUUCUUGUUGCUACACCUGCAGUUUGCCUUAUUAGUGCUAUUGCUGUUUCUGCCACUGUAAAGAAUUUGACUGUGCUGUUGAGGUCAAAGAACAAGGUUGUCCAGACUGGUUCCACUAAAGGAACUAGCAGCGGAAAGGCCUCCUCUAAGGCUUCACUUGAUCAAUCCCAGCCUUUCCAGAAAAAUGGUGCUAUGGCAUUGCUCUUUGGUGCUUUUUACUUGCUCAGUAAGUAUGCUACCCACUGUACAUGGGUCACUUCGGAGGCAUACUCAUCUCCUUCAAUUGUGCUGGCUGCAAGAGGUGCCCAUGGGAAUAGAGUUAUCUUUGAUGAUUAUCGUGAGGCAUACUUUUGGCUUCGACAAAAUACUCCUCCGGAUGCUAAGGUGAUGUCUUGGUGGGAUUAUGGGUAUCAAAUCACUGCCAUGGGAAACAGAACUGUUAUUGUUGACAACAACACUUGGAAUAAUACACAUAUUGCUACUGUUGGGCGUGCAAUGUCAUCUUAUGAAGAUGAGGCGUAUGAGAUAAUGAGAUCACUCGAUGUGGAUUAUGUAUUAGUUGUCUUUGGAGGUGUUACUGGUUAUUCUUCUGAUGAUAUUAACAAGUUUUUGUGGAUGGUUAGAAUUGGAGGUGGAGUAUUCCCUGUAAUCAGGGAACCUGAUUACCUUGUUAAUGGUGAAUAUCGUGUUGACAAAGGUGCAGCUCCUAAAAUGUUGAAUUGCCUUAUGUACAAGCUAUCUUACUAUCGAUUUGGAGAGCUGGUAACUGAAUAUGGCAGACCUCCUGGUUAUGAUCGUGCACGAGGAGUGGAAAUUGGAAAUAAAGACAUUAAACUCGAGCACUUGGAAGAGGCAUUUACGACAUCUAACUGGAUAGUUCGUAUUUAUAAAGUCAAACCACCAAACAAUAGGUGGUGAGAGUUUCUGCUUGCACACUCUUGGCGGCUCUUGGAAAAAAAGGAAACAUGGUAGUUGUAAUUGUGCUUGAGUCUUGGAAUAUAGAUUUAGCUGUAGCAACAAAUCAUCAUAUGAUCUUGAGACUUGAGUUGGUGGCAAUGUUGAAGGCUAUUAGGUUUUGUAGAACCCAUUUUGUUUUUUUGGUCAACUUUUAGAACCCAUUUUUGCAGAUUUGUUAUGGGCAUCCCUUUUCACCUUUUUAGUUAUUUAUGCAUCAUAUCAAACCAUAAACUGUCAUUCAGAUCAUUGAUUGUUUCACACUUUGUAACUGAGUUUCUAUGGAAAGGUCAAGAAAUGAAUGUUUUAGUCUCAA